GGAGUCACGGAACCUGGCUCCGGGAGGUGGAUGGAGAUGGAGUUCGACUGCGAGGGUCUCAGACGGCUACUGGGCAAGUACAAGUUCAGAGAUCUAACUGUGGAAGAACUAAAGAAUGUAAAUAUGUUUUUCCCACAUUUCAGAUAUUCUAUGGACACCUAUGUGUUCAAAGAUAGUUCCCAGAAAGACCUGCUGAAUUUCACUGGCACUAUUCCUGUGAUGUAUCAGGGUAAUACGUAUAAUAUACCAAUUCGUUUGUGGAUUUUGGAUUCCCACCCUUUUGCUCCCCCCAUUUGCUUCUUAAAGCCAACUGCAAAUAUGGGCAUCUCAGUUGGAAAACACGUGGAUGCUCAAGGCAGAAUAUACUUGCCCUGUCUUCAGAACUGGAGCCAUCCUAAAUCUGUCAUUGUUGGGCUAAUUAAAGAAAUGAUUGCCAAGUUUCAAGAGGAACUUCCCCUGUAUUCUCUACCAUCAUCUGAUGAGGCACGGCAGGUAGACUUGCUAGCCUAUAUUGCAAAAAUCACUGAAGGUGUCUCAGACAUAAAUUCAAAGAACUGGGUAAAUCACGAGCAUAAAGCAGUCAAUAAAAUUACCGUGGUUGGAGGUGGAGAGCUGGGUAUUGCCUGCACAUUAGCAAUCUCAGCAAAGGGCAUUGCAGACAGACUGGUCCUCUUGGACCUCUCAGAAGAGACAAAAGGAGGGGUGAUGGACCUUGACAUCUUUAGCCUGCCUAAUGUGGAGAUCAGCAAAGAUUUGUCUGCCUCUGCUCAUUCGAAGGUGGUGAUCUUCACAGUCAACUCUUUGGGUAGUUCUCAGUCCUACCUGGAUGUGGUACAAAGCAAUGUGGAUAUGUUCAGAGCCCUUGUCCCAGCUCUGGGACACUAUAGUCAACAUGGUGUCCUGCUCGUCGCAUCUCAACCAGUGGAAAUCAUGACAUACGUGACUUGGAAACUGAGUGCAUUUCCUAUAAAUCGAGUGAUUGGGAUUGGAUGUAAUCUGGACUCACAGAGAUUACAGUAUAUUAUUACAAAUGUUUUGAAGGCACAGCCGUUAGGAAAACAAGUAUGGGUUAUCGGUGAACAGGGAGAAGACAAAGUGCCCACAUGGGGUGGCCAAGAAGAAGUAAUGAGUCCUAACUCUCGGGUGCAGUUGUCCAACAGAGCCAUGGAACUGUUACGGGUAAAAGGUCAAAGAUCCUGGUCUGUUGGACUAUCAGUGGCUGACCUGGUUGACAGUAUUGUAAACAAUAAAAAGAAGAUACAUUCUGUAUCAAUUUUAGCAAAGGGAUAUUAUAACAUAAAUAGUGAAGUGUUUUUAAGUUUGCCUUGCAUCAUUGGAAGCAGUGGGGUAUCUGAAGUCAUCCAAAGCACAGUGAAGGAAGAUGUGGUGACUGAGAAACUCCAAAGCAGUGCAUCAUCAAUCCAUGGUCUCCAGCAACAGUUAAAACUUUGAUUCUAAAGUUCAGUUACCGGAAAGGAAAGGUCAUUUAAUUUUGCCAACAUACAUAGGGUUGAGAAUUUCUGUAUCUUAUUACUUACCCUUACAAACUGCUUGGUUAAGGUAGAUGGUUUCCGAUUAGCUUUGUAAUUUGAAUCCUUAGGGAGUUAAGAUAGGGAGGGGGAAAAGAUCUAAUUUUCUUUGUUGCUCUUGAGCUCUCUAAAACUGUUCUUCCAACCUCCAGCAGAAGUAGACAUUCAUCUACAAUAUGCAUCAUUUAAAUUUAUGGAUCCUCAACUAAAAGCACAUUUAGCACUUUGGGAGUAUUUUGAAAGUAAUAUGUUUUUAAAAGAAAAUGACUCCUUGACUCUUAUAAUAAACAUGAUAAGCUGAAGGCCCAGUAUUGAUUUACAGAAUCUGUGCUAGGUGUACUUCAAAAGAUCCCCAGCCUAAGGUACUGUUUCUUCUUUAAAAUAUAAUUCGUAGUAAUGGGAAAGCAUUUUGUUUUCCCUCUUCAAAUCAAUUAGCUACCAAAAAUGUUAAAAAAUGAAUUUUAUGUGCACUUUCAAGUAGUGAAAGUGAAAUUUUUUAAUAGUUGAAGAAAAAGUGUUAAAUUUCCAGUGGGACUGUCCUUUCUGAAAUUUUUUAUAACCCCUUCUUGGGCUAUAUAGUAGAUCUCCAACACCUCAAAAGCCCAUUAUACUAGUAGUACCAUAGAGAAAGGUAUAUUUUUAGUGGAAAUAGACUAUGAAAAAUAGCCAAGCAACUUACUUUAGAGCUAAAACAGGAGGAUUUCAUAAAAACUAUUAGUCUUAAGGGUAAGAGUUUGGAUGGAUUGGCUGUUCUGAACAAACCCUCUAGCCACUCCUGAAGGAGUGAUUGAGCAUAUAUAUGCCUUAUGGGUCAAUAACAAUACGUUGCGUGUGAGAGCGUAUUGUUA